AUGAAGGCGGGCGGCGUGUGCGCGGGCGUCGUGGCCGCGGCCGCCGCGGUGGCGGGCCCGCGGGCGAGCGUCCGCGUCGUGAGCACCUUCGAGGACGUCUGGGAGGCGACCGGCGCGGUGGGCAAGCGCAGCCUCGCCGCCGUGGGCUCCUCGGGCCUGCCGGGCGCCGACGGCCCCGGCUCCUUCCGCGUCUCCGAGCUCUUCGAGGUCGCCGUGCCGCCCAGCGGCACCUACAGCAACCCCCGCCACCUCGCGCCCUGGCCCGGGUCGUCACCACCUACCGCCAGGCCCCCGCUGCCGGGGCGGGCCCCGCCGUCUUCGAGGCCCUCCAGACCGUGGUGCUCCUGGCGGCACCCGCGGCGCCUGGAGGGUCGCCGGGCUCCGAGGCGCUAG